GGUCAGUCAGUGAGAGUUUCACAGACAGCAAGUCAUCUGAGCUCACAGCAGGUGGCGGCAACAGAAAACUGGCUGCAUUUGAACAAAUUACUCAUUCAGACCAAGUUACUUUUUCCGCUGUGGUUUAUUGGCCGACACGCUACACUGACAGAAGGAGUACAGAGGAGAGACUGGAGGGAAAACGGCUGGUAAAUGUCAUCACCUCUGUGUGAUCUGACGGACAGCGACCUCUUUCAGCUCCACUUCAAGUGCUACUAAUUUGUCUAUCUUUGAAGAAAAUUAGCUUCAGCUCAGCCAAACAAACUGCUUCAGAGUCCCUGAGCAGGACACAAUCUUUUCCCUUUUUCCUAAACAAUCUGAAGAAGGUUUUUCCUGGUCUGACCCCAGCGAUGUUUCCCUUUAUCCCCUCCCUCCUCCUCGUCCUCCUCCCGACUGCCCUCCUCACCCCAUCAACCUCCCAUGAGUUACAGGUUAGAGGUCAAAGGACGCCGAGGGAAACAAAGCAGGACUCCAUCAAGGUGGUGAUCUCCGAGGGCUGCAUCACUCAGGAGGAUUCAUCUGAUGUCAGCCAGGGAGGUAAAGAAAUCGACCUGACACCCGGUUACCCUCUUGUCCUGACCCAUAAGAUCAAACUGAUUCCGUUGGGUUCUGGUUCGGGAUCCGGGUCUUGUGGUUGUGAGGCGGACUUCGCUGCUCUGCGGGAACGUCUGGAGAGGCUGGAGAGGGAGGUGUCGUCCCUCAGGGAGAAAUGUGGAGGAGCUGAGGGAGGCUGCUGCACCUCCAAAGAGAGCAAAGGUGCAGGUUGCUCCAUAAAACCAGAGGUGGACGAGUGUCCCAACGAGUGCAGUGAUCAGGGUCGCUGCGUGGACGGAAAGUGCGUCUGCUUCCCUGGUUUUAGUGGACCGGACUGCAGCGAGUCCAACUGUCCCGGAAACUGCAACGACAACGGGCGUUGUGUGAACGGACAGUGUGUGUGCGACCCUGGUUUCACCGGUCACGACUGCUUGCAUAGAGGCUGCCCCGACAACUGCAACAACCGUGGCCAGUGUGUGAACGGCAGGUGUGUGUGCAAUGGAGGCUUCACUGGUCCCAGCUGCUCGGACGAAUCCUGUCCUGGAAACUGCAACAACAGGGGGCGAUGCGUGAACGGACAAUGUGUGUGUAGUCCUGGGUUCAUCGGGCCAGAUUGUUCCAAAAGAGCAUGUCCUGAUAACUGCAACAACCGCGGCAGGUGUGUGAACGGUAAAUGUGUGUGUGACAGCGGAUUUACUGGUGCAGACUGUUCCGAGAACUACUGUCCUGGAAACUGCAGCAGUAGGGGGCGCUGUAUAAACGGAGAGUGCGUUUGCGAUGAAGGAUUCAGUGGCCCGGAUUGCUCUGAAAGAAUAUGCCCGAAUGACUGCAGCGAUCGUGGCAGGUGUGUGAACGGUAAAUGUGUGUGUGACAGCGGCGUCACAGGAGACGACUGCUCGAAAGACUCCUGCCCAGGAAACUGCAACAACAGGGGGCGCUGUGUUAACGGACAAUGCGUUUGCGAUGAUGGAUUCGCUGGUUUGGACUGCUCUGGAAAAGCUUGUCCCAAGAACUGCAGCAACCGCGGGAAGUGCGUGAAUGGGAAGUGUGUUUGCGAAGUGGGCUUUGCUGGGCCGGACUGCGCCGCCAAAGGCUGUCCCGGUAACUGCAACAACAAGGGGAGGUGCGUCAAAGGAAGGUGUGUCUGCCGGCGAGGGUUCACUGGACCAGACUGCAGCCAGUGUGAGGAGGUCAUGACCGGACCCAACUGUGAUAUCGUCAUGUCGGGGGUUUCUCAACUGAGCACCAGGGACAUCACAGACACGUCUGUCACUCUGCUCUGGACUCCACCUGGCGUCCAGUACGAGAGCUACCACCUCACCUUCACCAGCCAGAAGGAGAGUGACCAGCAGAUAAGUGUGCAGGUGGAAGGCAGCCUGACCACCUUCACCCAGACGGGCCUGGCAGCCGGUCAGGAUUACACCGUCAGCAUGACCGGAGAGAUCGACGGCAGGAGGGGAGCCGAGAGCUCUGCUGAAUUCAUGACCCUCAUCUCUGGUCCCACCAACCUCCGAGUCGUCAAGACGACCUCCACGUCUGCAGUGGUCCAAUGGGAGCAUUCGCAGGGUGAGAUUGACAGAUACCGUUUGACUGUCACGCCCAGUGACAAAGCAGGGAGGAGUCAAGAGUUGACUGUCCCAGCUGGGCAAGACUCCGCCCACAUCCAACAGCUAGAGGCGGGGCGUUCCUAUGCCAUCAUACUCAUGGCGGAGAAGGGAACGAGUCGGAGCAAACCAGCAACCACUCAGGUUACUCCAGGCCCGGAGCCUCCGACCGACAUCAUCUUCAGUGAGGUGACAGAAAACUCUCUGACGGUGUCUUGGACCAAACCCAACACUCCCAUCAGUGGAUUCAAGGUCACCUACACCAACACAGAGGACGGUGAGCCGGUGUCCGUGUCCGUGGACUCGGACGACUCCACCCUCGGCCUGUCACAGCUCUCACCUGGUUCUUCUUACGAGGUCAGUGUCGUCUCCAUCCUCGGACUGGACGAGAGCGAUCCAAUCGAAGACUUUGUCAUGACAUUCCCUGACCCUCCUACAUACCUCCGUGCCGUAAACGUCACAGACACCAAGGCCUUGUUAUUGUGGCGUCCAGCGUUGGCCGGCGUUGAUAAAUACGCCAUCGUUUAUGGCUCUGGGACAGACUCAGAGUUGACGAUCACGGUGUCUGGAAACGCAGCCGAGCAGCAGCUGAGCGAUCUGGAAGGAUCCACCACCUACACCAUCACCAUCAGAAGCCAGCUGGGCAGCAGGGAGAGCUCAGCUGCCUCCACCAGCUUCACCACCACCAGAGGCUCUGGGAGGGAUGGGGACGGGCUUCGCGAGCUCAAGGCAAACAACGUGACCUCUCGCUCCGCCCUGUUGUCAUGGAAACCACCGUCAAAGCCUGCGGGCAGCUACAGACUGACUUAUCAGACCGAAGGUCAAGAAAUGAAGGAAGUGAUUGUGGACGCCAUGGUAACAGAGUACAACCUGACCAGACUUCACCCCGAGUCAAAGUACACAGUGCAGCUUCAGGCUGAGGCAGGAGGACAACAUGCUGCUGCCAUCUCCACUGACUUCACCACCGGCACCCUGAGGUUCCCCUUCCCCACAGAUUGCUCUCAGGAGCUGCUGAACGACAUCAGGACAUCAGGCGAGGUGGAGAUCUUCCCUCAGGGGAAACUCGGGACACCGAUGAUGGUUUACUGUGACAUGGAGACAGAUGGAGGAGGCUGGACGGUCUUCCAGAGGAGGAAGGAUGGCUCUGUGGAUUUCUUCAGAGGGUGGAAGGAAUACGCGAAAGGAUUUGGGAGUCUGAGUGGAGAGUUUUGGCUGGGCCUCGAGAGCCUCCACAACCUGACAUCGAUGAUCAAGAUGAGUCUCCGUGUCGACCUGCGAGACAAAGACGAGGCGGUGUUCGCCAAAUACUCGACGUUUGAGAUUGUGAAGAGGAACUACAAACUUACCGUGGGCGGAUACAGCGGCACCGCAGGUGACUCUCUCAGUUAUCACAACCAGCGGGUCUUCUCCACCAAAGACCGGGACUUGUCCUCCUUCAUCACCCGCUGUGCCAUGUCGUACCGAGGAGGCUGGUGGUACAAGAACUGCCACGAGGCAAACCUCAAUGGCGUCUACGGCACCGACUUCAAUCACCAGGGUGUGAUCUGGACCGGCUGGAAAGGAAAAGAGUUUUCCAUCCCGUUCUCUGAGAUGAAGAUGAGACCAGCAGCGUUCAGUCCUCCAACCAGAGGCUGAGGACGAGACAGAGGAUAAUGAACUGCUUAGCACAUGAUGCGUGAUGGACAUCAGUGUGUACAUACAUGUGCAAACACACACUCUCAUUUUAGCAGUGAGCCUCGCUCUGACUUCAGAGGAGAUGAAGACAUAUUUUUUAUUUUGUAUAGAGGUCAGUUAUCAGUAUGUUACUGUAGAUUGUACAAUUUGUAUCUUUUCAAAGCAGGGCUGCUCCAUCUGUCUCUAAAUUUAAACGGCCAGUUCACCCAAAUUACAAAAACACAUACAUUAUGGUUCAAAAGUUUCUAAUAUCCUACCACAAAGGCUUGAUUGGGUCCAGUCAGAUGUCUGAGAGGACUCCUCGCAAAUGGCUUCCAGUGCUUGUGUACAUACAUUUAGGUAUAGGAAGUGGCUACCAACCCACAAACAAAAAAUAAGAUGAUCUAGUCAGUUUUUUGUCUCUGUCAGAAAACAUGGGAUUCAGAUUCAAGCCAUUCAGAUUUGGCUCCCUUUCCUAUGUCACAUGCAGGCUAAUUACAAUAUAAUAAUGUGUUUUUUUAACAUUAAAGCUGGGGUAGGCAACAUAUUUUUGCCGUUAUUGGGCAAUAUAAUAACCUCUCAGCAUAUUGCAAUUCAGGUGAUCUGAGAGAAAACUAGACAUCUGCACCUCCUCUUGGCUCUGUUUACAGGCUUUAGAAAAUCUAGCCAGUGACGGGAGACUUUGGCCAAUUACACGUCAUUUCAGAGAGAGAGAGAGAGUUCCUAUUGGCUGUUCUACUAAUACAGAUGCUGAUGCACGUCUGAUACAACUAGAGAUGGAGAGAAAAUGUUGCUAAUAGUUUAGCUUCUGCUCACGGCUGUGGCCAUCGUGAGCUAACGUUAGCCUCGCGGCUCAGUAGCAGACACUCCGGCUUAGCGGUUUGCAACAGGCUAAACUAUUUGCAACAUUUUCUCUCCAUCUCAGUGUGUCAUCUCACAGGGCGUUACAGGCAAACAUGUUCGCAAAGAAAACAGGAUCAAAAUUAGCACAUGAAUGAUGUGAAAUGAAUGACUAGUACUCGUACAGGUUACUGUAUGAAGCACAUGCCCGUGCUUGUCUGUGUGAGGGGCUGAGGACAGAGAGGACAGCUGCAGGACGGCGGCUGUAUUCUCAGAUCCUGACGUUCUUAUUAUGGAAUUUUUGCCCAAUAAUGCCAAAAAUAAACUGCCUCCCCUAUCUUUGAAGCAUGUAAACAAAUAUGUUCUAGUAGAAACCCAAAAUAUGAACCUGACAAUAAGAAUGAUAUGGCCCCUUUAAAUAGAAACUGGUUCCUGUUUCAGUGUCAAGUGCACAAUAAUGCCUCUAUCGAAAUUCAAUUAACAGCCAACGUGUUGCUUUAGCAAAGCUAUUCUUCAAACUUCAAGGGUUAACAGUAUUAGAACUGGAUCAGGGAAUAUCAGCUCAACUAUGGACUGAAAAUCACAGUUUGAAACCUCUUCAAUCUAACCACUGAGCAGACUGCAGGGCCCAAAGGAAAUAUUUAAAGUCACUUUUCUGGACUGGAGAACAAAUAUAAAUUACAAGUUGCAGCAGUAUUCUCCCCUGUCAUGCAACACUGUGGGGACGCCAACUGAAUGGAAGUUUGAAUCACUUCCUUUUUUCAUCAUUUGGGGCCAAAAUUAUUUCAAAUGUAAAAAUGACAUUUGGUGUCUGAAUUAUACUGAUUUUAUCUCUGUUAAAAUGGCAAUUAGGAAGAAGAGAAACAUCGAUACACAUUUUUAAACGGUUAUAUAUUUCCCAUCAACUUAAGCCGAUAGUUUUGGUUUUGUGUGCCGACUUCACAUUUAAUACAGGAUCACCUUGACAGGUGUGGAUGUAGCUGAUGUUUGCAGCACUUCAACCUUUUGUCUUCAGGAUGGACCAAAACUGCAACUUUUCAUUGUUUUUGUAUGUGUUUUGUAAAUAAAUAUCAGCCAGUUGUCAAAGAGUUAUACAUGUAGUAAAAUACAGAAUCAUUAUUAUAUCACUGUUGCUGGUCGUGCAAAAACCUUUUGUCUCCAAAAUGUUUACUAUUCAGGAAAUAAAUAAUUGUUUUGACCUUGA